GCGCUGGAUCUUAUUUAUACCCAACUACAACCGAAUAGAAACAGUUCCUCUUAGUGAGUUGAAUAUCCCGUGUUUGUGUUUAAUGGCCAUUGUACAAAGAGACAACAAAGACAUUCAGUACAACAUAUAUGGAGUUCCCAAAACAAGAUACAGAUGUACAGAAAUCGAUCUCAUAGGAAAGUGGACUCCAGAGAAAGGCUUCAGGCCUAGAUUAUCGCCAUUUAUAGAAGACGAGAACUUGAGUGAUUUUAAAGAAGAAGUUCUAGUGGUUUCUGUUGUCAGUUUCUUCCCUUCAUUUUUACUGGAGGUUCACUCGAAUGGAACUUUAACACCUAAAUAUGGACUGGAAGUUGGACUACUUGAUAUCCUUGCUGAGAAGCUGAACUUCAGAUAUGUCAUCAAAUCACCGAAAGAUAAUGAGUGGGGAACAAAACUAUCAAAUAAAUCUUGGACUGGAAUGAUUGGUAUGGUUCACAGGAAGGAAGCAGAUAUCGCUAUCGAUUCAAUAGUUAUUACAGAAGAAAGAGAAGAAGCAGUUGAUUUUACCUCACCGUAUGUCUACGAUUCGGUGCGUUUCGUUACCAGUGCUCCAAAAAACAAAGAUAGAGCUUUAGCCAUCAUCAAACCAUUUAGUUGGCAGGUCUGGCUGGGUGUUUUGCUGUCUGUACUUGUGACUACAUCUGUUAUUACUUUCAUUUCCAUCAUAAUGGAUACUCGGAACAGAUACAACCAAUGGGCAAAUACAUUAUGGUAUGUGACAGGGUGUCUUGUUUCUCAAGGUGGUAGGAUAUCCUUAUACAAUUACUGCAGUGUAAGAGUUUUCCUAGCCAUCUGGUGGUUUAUUGCUGUAAUAUUUUCUGCGUCAUACAGUGGCACGUUGAUGUCACACAUGACUAUUUUUACAAAGGAACAACCGAUCGACACCGUCUACGACCUGAAGACAGAAAUUCUAAAAGGACGAUAUUCGUGUGGAGUCCUUAAAGGAGCAUUCCUACAACAGAGACUCAUGGAAAAUGAGUUGAAAGAAUAA